GGGUUCUAGAGUAUUUCUUCCUCUGCUCUGGGGUCCCUGGGGCCAGCAGCAGAGGUGAUGACUUUGCACUGAGGUCCUAAAAGCUGCAUGGCUGCCUUCACCCCACAGCCCCUGGUAUGUUCUGGCCCCGUUGUCCCAUGCACCACUCCCCAUAGGGACUGGGGUCACUGCUCUCUGCCCUACUUCGUUCUCCCCUUUGUCUUCUCUCAAGCUGGAAGCUUCUAAUUAAAGCUUCUGUAUUCGUUUGCCUCAUUAAGGAGGGGGGACUGGCUCUGCGUCCCCGCAGUGACAGCGCUCUGCUUUGAUCCCAUUGCGUGGGAGCGGGGAGAAAAUAAAUCCUGGGGGAUCACAGUGGGGGCACCCUCUGCCCCAUCCCUCCAUGUGGAUUUGGGGAAGGGAGGGGGGAUCCCAAAGGGCCAGCACUGAGUGCAGCAGCAGAGCUGUCCCUGCCCCACUUGGGCUCUCAGCACAGAGGGGAUGUGGCUUUGUGCCUGUAGAACCAAACCUGGGGCUGGGGAGGCUGGAGCAGGAUGCCUGAUGCAGAGCGGGGAAUGGAGGAGGGGGGGCGCGUUAAGAGGCUCCCCCUUGCUCUGGGCUGGUGCCCGUUGGGGACCAGCGUUGUCCCCAUCCCAGUUGUUUUCCCAGCUGUCGGCUGCCACCUAGCUGUCACCUACGAGCUUUGUCCCCCAUCCACAGCCCCACUGUGCUGCUCCUGGCACGCCCCCGGGAUGUCCCCGUGCCUGUACCCCAUCAGGGCCAGCGGUGGCCCUGUGCCCGUUGCCACCACCCUCACCCCGUGCCCAUUUCCCGGUGCUACACAAAGAGGUCUCAUUGCUGCUCUGGGUACACUGAGCCCUUUCAGGCAGUUCUGGCACCACUGGGCUGGAAUGGGCUCGGAACAUUUUGGCUGCCUAAUUAAAGCUGGCCUUAAUUAGCAGCCUCCCUGCACUGCCAGGCCUCCUGGGGUGCACCUCAUAGGGUCCCAUGGCAUCGCACCCAGGACCCGCGGUGCCCCCACAGCACCACGCUCGCGCUGCCCCACGGGCACUGCGUCCCUGCUCUGCCCCAGGUUUUACCCCGCUCUCUACGGGCGCUGCCAGCACACGGGGCCGGCUGCCAGCGCUCAGCCACCCCCGCUGGGUGCCACAAAGCCCGGCUUUGUGCUGCAUGGCCUCCGGCCAACGCCGUGGCCAUAAAACCCCAUCGCAGCGCACAUCGCGCCCACCUUCGCCAUGGAGAGCCGCCGGUUAUCCUACGGCCGCCGCUUUGGCCCCACCGGCUCUGCAUGGAGCCCCACGGAGCGGCGCCGUUCCCGCAGCGCUCACCCCGCGCCCCGCACGUCGGGCAGGAUGGAUUUCUCGUCGGUCAACGUCCUCAACUCGGAGUUCCGGGAGACGCGCACCAACGAGAAGGUGGAGAUGAUGGAGCUGAACGACCGAUUCGCCAGUUACAUCGAGAAGGUGCGGCUGCUGGAGCAGCGCAACAAGGUGCUGGUGCUGGAGCUGAACAGGGCGCGGGAGCAGGAGCCGUCCCGGCUGGCCGAUGUGUACCAGGAGGAGCUGCGGGAGCUGCGGCGCCGCGUGGAGCUGCUGGGCACCGCCAAGGCGCGCGCGGAGGUGCAGAGGGACGGCCUGGCUGAGGAGCUGGGGAGUCUGCGGGAAAAGCUGCAGCAGGAGGUCACCCUGCGGCUGGAGGCUGAGAGCACCCUGGCUGCGUACCGGCAGGAUGUUGAUGCUGCUGCCCUGGCUCGCCUUGACCUGGAGCGUCGUGUGGGGUCCCUGCAGGAUGAGGUGGCCUUCCUCCAGAAGGUGCACGAGGAGGAGCUGCGGGAGCUGCAGGAGCAGCUGGCCCAGCACCGGGUGCACGUGGAGGUGGAUGCCAGCAAGCCAGACCUGACGGCAGCACUGCGUGAUAUCCGCACACAGUACGAGGCCAUGGCUGCCAGCAACAUGCAGGAGACCGAGGAGUGGUACAAGUCCAAGUUUGCAGACCUGACAGAUGCAGCUGCCCGGCACGCAGAGGCCCUACGUGCAGCCAAGCACGAGGCCAACGAGUACCGGCGGCAGCUCCAGGCCCUCACCUGCGACCUGGAGGCCCUGCGGGGCUCGAACGAGUCCCUGGAGAGGCAGCUGCGGGAGCUGGAGGAGCGCUACGCGCUGGAGACGUCCGCCUACCAGGACACUGUGGGACGGCUGGAGGAGGACAUCCGCAGCCUCAAGGAGGAGAUGGGACGGCACCUGCAGGAAUACCAGGACCUGCUCAACGUCAAGUUGGCCCUCGACAUCGAGAUCGCCACGUACCGCAAGCUGCUGGAGGGCGAGGAGAGCAGGAUCACCGUCCCUGUGCAGAGCUUCUCCAACCUGCAGAUCCGAGGUGAGGCUGCAGCUGUGCAUGGGAUGGGGGUAGGAUGGGCUGCCAGGUCUCUGUGCCUGAAGGGUCCCCCGCAGAGUCCCAAGGUGGAGGGGAUGAUAUGCCAUGGUCACAUCCCUAAGGCCAACUGCGUCCCCAAGGCCACGUCCCCAGUGCCAACCAUUCCCCCAAGGUCAAUCCUGUUGCUGAGGCCAACCAUGUCUCCAAAGCCAACUCCACCGAUGAGGCUAAUUGUAUUCCUAGUGUUAAUUGUGUGUAGCCAACACCAACCACGUCCCCAGUGCUACCCUUAUCCUCAGCGUCAACCAUAACCAAGUGCUCAAUCUUCCCCCAGGGAUACACUGUCCCUAAGGCCAACCACAUCUCAAAGCUACCCACAUCACUCAGGCCAACAGCACUGAUGAAGCCAGUCAUAUCCCCAGUGCCAACUGUGUCCCCAAAGCCAGACACAUCCUCAGUGCCAGCCAUGUCCUCAGUGCCACCUUCAUCCCCAAGGUCACAGUCCAGUCCCAACCACAAGGUCCCCAACCACAACUCAGUGCCAACAUUUCUCCUAAGGCCAAUAGUGUUCACUCCCACAGAUCAGGAUUUUUCAGCCCAACUAGUUCCUUUUACACCCCUUCAAGGUGUAUGGGUGGAGAGGCCAUACUGGGAGCAAUGGGUCACCACCGUCUUAUCCAUAGAGUCAUAGAAUGGUCUGUGUUGAAAAGGUCCACAAUGAUCAUUGAG